CACUGAAUAUUGCAUCUUUUAUUUGGGUUGCCAAUAAUAUGGAAGAUGCAAUUCGUGUUAAAAACGAAAUAGAAGCCGCUUACACGGAUGUGAAAUGCGAGAAAUCGCUACCCAAAGACGAUGAGAAUGAGUGCACUCCGCUGCGUGACGAAGGCGGCCCCUCGCCGGACCAAGCCGCAGUCACCGAAACUUCAGCAGCAGGUUGGGGAAGCGAUGAUGAGGAUCAGAUGGCGAUGCCGCCUGCGCCGUCACCACCGUCACUUGAUCAGGAAAUGAGCAUAAAGCUAAGUCCGACCAAUGAAUAUGACCAAACCCCAUUAAGAGUGUCAGCCACAGACCGAGCCCAGCCCACAGAGCCUCAACGAGAAUCUCAAACGAAUGGCAGCUUUCCGGAUGUGCCGGACAACUAUUUUGAUGAUCUAUUAACAGAUCCACUGGAGCCGCGCCUUCCGCACGAUGUGACCGUCAAGAAGGAGGAACGCCGUGAAUUGCAAUUGGGUUUCCUCGAUGUCCUGUCAGAGACGGACUUCGAAGGCGUAACAGGUGCAUAUAGCCAAGUGAAUCAAUUAAAUGAUAUGGAUCUGGAGCCACCACCGAUGCCACAACAGCCAAGUAUUCCAGUCAGCGAAGAAGAGAGAGAGUUGCAGCUACGUAUCGAGGAGCGGCGCAGGGAGCUGGAACAUUUGGAGCGUUCAACUGCCGAGAAAAAAAGAAAAAAACACAAAAAGGAGAAAAAGCACGAGAGCCAUAAAAAGCGACGUCGCAGUCAUAGUGGCAGUCCACAAAAAAGUCGCAAGGAACGACGCACAGUGGAGCCUGGCAGAUCCAAUGGAUCGCGGCACAGUACUGCGCCCGUCAUAAAAACGGAACCCGAGCAACUCGACUUUGUGCCCGUACAUGCCGACGAAAAGAGCGUCAAGGUGGUUAAUAUAAACAAAUUAAUGCAACCAGCAGCAGCAGCAGAUGCUGGACCGCCGCCGACUACUCGGGAGAAGCGCCGGCUGGCCGUGGAGCGCGCGAAAAGUGUGCUUAAUCUUAUGCGUUUAAAGGCGUCAAAGGCACCGGAGACCGUGUUCCUUGUGGUUGACACCAUCAGGAAGCUGCCCAGCCGUGCAUCAUAUAUGAACAGUGACCUCUUCAUGAAUCCCUCGCCGCUGUGUAACAAUUUUAAUGUUACGUACAAGUUCAAUUCGACGUCCGCAUCGAACAUCAAUUUGAGCAAAUGGGGCUUGGAACGCUUGCCAGAGACGACAGCUGCAUUGUUGCGCCUCACCGGCAUCGAUGUGGCGCGUUUGAUGGAGCUAAAGGAGAAUCCAAAGAUGGCGCUGCACAAGCUCAGAUCCACGCAGCAGGCAGAGAAUGGAGCGGAAGACGAGUGCCUAUCCACGGGCCUGUAUAAGAGUGUAUCGACUCAAACAGACGCGCGACUUAGCAACCGUAGCCGGGAUGUUGGUGUUCAGGCAAUGCCGGCUGCGCCACGGGGCGUCUAUUGGCUGGAUCCCCGCUUCGACCAGGCGGACCUAACGCAGCAGCACACAAACGUAUUGCUGGCAUUGAAGGAACUCUGCGCAACAAAUCCUAGCUCCUCAUCCUGGGCCGAUAAGCUAUUUCGGGAGCUGCGUCACGCUCUGGCCAUCAAGCGCGCUGAAGUUAAGGAAGUGGGCCACUAACAUAAAGAUUCCUGCACUGUUGUGCCAACCAAAAACCAUUAAAUGGUCUCAAACCAAAUCGAAUUUGUAGUUGAUAAUCGACUUAAUAUAGAUAUAUAUUUAAAAGCA